CCCGGCAGCGGGGGGCGGAGUGAGGAGCUCGGCUGCGUGCGACCAGCCCGGCCUCUCGGGCGCCUGGCGCGAGGGGAAGAGGACUGUUACUUGGCGGCUCGGAGCAGGCGCUACCGCAGUUCAGCUGGGAGUCUCUGCUGUCCGGACACACACAGCCCUCGCCCCGCCGCCAUGUCCAAGGAGGAGAAGAAGCCUUUCAGCCAGACCAUGGCCGAGUGGCGGCAGUUCGUGUACAACCCGCGCAGCGGCGAGUUUCUGGGGCGCACGGCCAAGAGCUGGGGUCUAAUCUUGCUGUUUUAUCUGGUAUUCUAUGGUUUCCUAGCAGCACUCUUUACGUUCACAAUGUGGGUUUUGCUUCAGACCCUGAGUGGAGAUAUUCCCAAAUAUCGUGACCGGAUUUCUAGUCCAGGACUUAUGAUUUCACCAAAGCCAGUCACUGCAUUGGAAUUUUAUUUUAACAAGUCUGACUCCAAGUCAUAUGCAGAAUAUGUUUCUACCCUUAAACAAUUUCUAAAGUCGUAUGACGAUUCAAAACAAUCCAAAAACAUAGCAUGUACCGCAGGAAAACUGUUUGAGCAGAAUGAAGAUCGUGCUGUUAAACAGGCAUGUCAGUUUAAUCGCACUAUGCUUGGAUCAUGUUCUGGAGUGGAAGAUGACACUUUUGGCUAUGCUAAAGGAACUCCAUGUGUGCUUGUGAAAAUGAAUAGAAUAAUUGGAUUAAAGCCUGAAGGAGAACCACAUAUACAAUGUUCACCUAAGGAAGAAGGCAAGGUUCAGAUAACUUAUUUUCCUGAUGGGGGAAUGAUUGAUUUAAUGUAUUUUCCAUACUAUGGAAAAAAUUUACACGCUGACUAUCUACAGCCACUAGUGGCUGUUCAACUAGCAAUUAACUCCAGCAGUACCAAAGAUGUAACAAUUGAGUGUAAGAUUAUGGGAUCUCCCAAUUUAAGAAACGAAGAUGACCGUGACAAGUUUCUUGGACGAAUUUCCUUCAAAGUUCAGAUGUCUGACUAGCAUGAGUCAAUCUCCACAAAGUAAACCUUAUGUUGUCUGUUUUUUUAUUUUAUAUCAGCUGGACGUGCCAUUCCAGGAUAUAAGACCACCUGGGAUAAUGUGGCACAUGGCGUUCAGGGUAGCAUAAUAGUGUGCUUCCAAAUCAUAUUUAAAAUCCCUCAAAAUAACUGCCUGUCAAGCUUCUGCCUGCCCCACUGGACCAGUGUACAGACCAUAGUUAUGUGAUAUUAGGGACCUGUAAAUAGUUGAUUCCAGACAUGUAAUAAUGGUGGUCUUUGUCUGUUCUAAAAUGUGGUUUUAUCCCCAAGUGACUGUCUCAAACAUAAUGUGCUGUGCUAUGUAAAUACUGUAUUGAUUUAACACUGGUUUGACUGUCAUAUCUCAACACUGAGACAGUUUUAAGGAUCAAAUGUUAAGAAUAAAUGGUACCUGACCAACAUAGUUAUUUUUUAAAAAAACAAACAAAAAAACAACUCUGCAAGAAUUGCGUGUGUGGAGACGCCUUAAGUCCUGUACUGGGUUGGGAGGACUAAAUAAAGUGGAUUUUAAAAGUGUUGGUAUGGAUUUUUGAAAUUAUUUAAGUGCUGAACUAGUCUGUUUUUGUGCUUGUCACUGUGCAGGUAUGUGUAAACAUGUAAUAUUUAGUAUUUUAGUUGAGAAAUUGAAUCCAAUUGUAUUGUUAAUUGCUUGCAGUAUGUGGUACCCAAAUAAAACACAUACAAUGUAAUUUAAAAACUUUAGUUGAGAAAUAUCAUCUGAAACAGUUUCUUUGAAAUGUUAAUGGUUUUGAGUCCUGGUAACAAUUGUACUACAGAGUUUGCUUGAAA